AUCAACGCGAAGUUCGCCGUGUACCUCCCCGUUUCUCCAUCCCCCCCACCAAUCACGAGGUGAUGCCCGGCGGCAGCGUCAACCUCACCUGCGUUGCGGUCGGUGCCCCCAUGCCUUUUGUCAAGUGGGUGAGCGGCGAGGUGGAGCUGACCCGGGAGGAGGAGAUGCCGAUUGGCCGAAACGUGCUGGAGCUCACCAACAUCCGCCAGUCUGCAAACUACACCUGUGUGGCCAUCUCCUCCCUGGGCAUGAUCGAGACCACCGCCCAGAUCAUUGUCAAAGCUCUGCCCAGGCCACCCACCUCCCUCAUUGUGACAGAAACCACGGCCACCAGUGUCACCCUCACCUGGGACUCUGGCAACCCAGAACCAGUAUCCUACUAUGUGAUCCAGUACCGUGCCAAAGUGUCCGACAACGGCUUCCAGGAAGUAGACGGGGUAGCCACGACUCGAUACAGCAUUGGCGGCCUCAGCCCAUUCUCGGAAUAUGAGUUUCGUGUCAUGGCCGUCAACAACGUCGGGCGGGGGCCUCCCAGUGGAAUUGUAGACACCCGUACAAGCGAGCAGGCCCCUUCCUCCCCUCCUCUUCACAUCCAGGCGCGCAUGCUCAGCUCCAGCACCAUGCUGGUUCAAUGGGAAACUCCAGAAGAGCCCAACGGACAAAUCAGAGGCUACCGGGUUUACUACAGCUCGGAGCACGAUGCCCCCCUCAGUGCCUGGCAGAAACACAACACAGACGACAGCAUGCUCACCACCAUCUCAGGCCUCACCGCUGAUAUCACCUACAGCCUGAGGGUGCUGGGCUUCACCUCUGUGGGAGACGGGCCUCCCUCUGAAGUUCUGCAGAUCAAGACCCAGCAGGGAG